AUGCAGCUCAGACUCAUCUGCGCCCUGGCAACGGCCGCGGCCCUCGCGCCGCCGGCGCCGAGACUCGCGAAGCAGCCGAAGCGCCUCAAGACGAGACGGAUCCUCGCCGACGACGUGAUCCUAUACGCCGGCGACGACGAGCUCGAGGGCGACGCGAAAGUGGGCAGUGCUGGAUUCAGACAGCUCGUAGGUUUUAGAGGCGCCGCGGACACGGAGGACGAGCCGCUCUGGAAGAUCCGCAUCCAAUUAACCAAACCAGGAACGUGGGUCCCGUUAAUUUGGGGAGUAGCUUGUGGGGCAGCAGCCUCGGGCAACUAUCGCUGGCCCUUCAUCUCGGGCACCUUCGCUGAGGGCGCCGAGGACUUCGCCAAGGCCGCGACGUGCAUGGUUCUCUCCGGUCCCUUCCUGACGGGUUUUUGUCAGACGAUCAACGACUGGUACGACAAGGACUUGGACGCGAUCAACGAGCCCUACCGACCCAUACCUUCCGGAAGGAUCACCGAAGAAGAAGUGUUCCAGCAGGUUUAUUUCUUAUUAUUCGGCGGUCUCGCGUUGGCCUUUGGGUGUGAUGUGUGGGCGGGACAUAAUAUCAUCGCGAACCCCUUGAAUAGUGUCGGUCUGUUGGCGUGUUUCGGUGCUCUCGUGUCCUAUUUAUACUCAGCACCGCCUUAUAAGUUGAAAGCCGAAGGGUGGAGGGGCUCCUUUGCAUUAGGUGCUUCCUACAUAGCCCUGCCGUGGUGGUGCGGCCAGGCGAUGUUCGGCCACGUGGGCGAAGGGGCCGCUGGAGGGGAAUUAACCCCACCAGUGGUCGUGCUGACGGUGUUGUACUCGCUGGCUGGUCUCGGAAUUGCGAUUGUGAAUGACUUCAAGAGCAUCGAAGGCGACCGGGAACUCGGUCUCAAAUCUUUGCCGGUGGCCUUUGGGAUUGAUGGUGCGAAGUACAUCUGUGCGGGGCUGAUAGAUGUGACGCAGAUCGCCGUCGCGGCUUACUUGUUCGCCAUCGGUUUACAAACAUACGCAUUAGUGCUCGGCUUGCUCAUAGCCCCGCAGAUCUGGGCCCAGACGCAGUACUUACCUGUGUGGAAAUCAACCAGUCCGUCGGGUGCACCGACAAUUCUUCACUAAGUCAUUUCUCGGCGAUGGCGCGGCCGUCUUGGCUCGGUCGGGCGAUGAGGAACCGGCAUCACCACGCCAUCGACCAGGCGUCGCAUCGAUGGCGUGGAGGUCGACGCGACGAUUCAGCACGAAUGCGUCGCGAAUUUUGAUUUCCACACAGGUACUUACUGAAGGACCCCGUGAAAUACGACGUCAAGUACCAGGGCACGGCGCAGCCUUUCUUAGUUUUCGGGAUCCUGACUACCGCGUUGGCGGUCAGCCAGCACCCGGCGGCGCUGGCGUAA